CACACGCAAAACAACACUUGGCAUUCCAAUCUGUGUGCAAUUCGAUCCUCCAGCUUAUCUACGGGAAAAAAGGGUAUGUUUUGGCAUAAUUUCUAAAUAUCUCAUUUCAUUGUCCCUUGCAAUUACUAAUUGCAUUCUUGUUUUAUUAGUUAUAAAUCCAUGUAGAAUGGGUCUGUUUUUAGGGUGUAAUCGACUGAAAUUGACAACAAACCAUACUCAAUCUCAUUGCAGCAGCUUUUGGAGUAAAAAAGUAUGCUUAAUAAAGAUCUGUAAAGAUCCAUAGAAUGGAGCAUGUAGAAGUCGAUAGAUUAAGCAGCUUGCCAGAUGAACUAAUCCAUAAAAUCCUUUCUUUCAUUAACAUCAAAGAUGCUAUUAGCAUUAGUGUAUUAUCAUCUAGAUGGAGGUUUAUCUGGACUUCAAUGCCCUAUCUGAACUUCGAGAAUAUUAUUCUCAAUCAUGGACGCCAAUUCUCCAAAUUUAUUUCUGAAGUUCUAUCUCACCGAAAUAAUCAAAUACAAUUGUCUUCAGUCAAGCUUGUUCUUGGGAGAACACUUAUUGAUGACGAAUCUGUGGCAAGAAUUCUCAACUGUGCAUUCUCUCACAAUAUCAAACACCUCACUGUUACACGCUCACCUGGAGAAUUUAUUGGAUAUUAUCUUUUUUACAGAUCAUCAUUUAUUGCGACACCAAAGUGGGACCUCCCAGCUUUAACCACAUUGGAUCUUCACCAUGUCAAACUGUCUAAUGAUAACGAUGGAAGUGGUUUCUUCUCAAAGUGCACCAAUUUGAAGAACUUGUCCUUAAUUGCAUGCACAUUAAUGAAGGGAACCAAAGUUUUGAAUAUUUGUCUUCCUCGGCUUUCUAAACUUACACUUAAAUAUAUACGUGCAAAUAUUGAAUUAAUUGCACCUCAACUAAAGAAUCUGACUAUUAGAUGGUGUGUUGGGAAGCAUCUGAUUUCUACACCUGGGCUUACCUCAUUGGUCAUACAAAGUUAUCAACGUUGGCAGCUUUCUUAUUCUACACAACCAGGUUUAGGUUUAGGUUUCCCUUGUUUGGAGAAGGUUGACCUCUUUGUGCACUAUCCAUCCGAUGCAGAUGUUCAUAAAAUAGUUUCUCUGCUUCAACACCUCCCUAAUGUCAAGCUUCUUACACUUAACUUGGAUCUUCUUGAGAGUCUUUCAUCAUCCGUGGAACUAAUCCCACAUCAAGUCUGUGUUUUUGAUAACGCGAAGAUUUUGAAGUUUACAACAAAAACGCCCGUAAAGGUAUACUUAGAGGUAACCAACUCUACAGAUAUCAAAAACAAUGAUGAUAGUUUACCAAAUGCCAUCUUCCCAAUGAUCUCACAUGAGGAGAUUAGAGCUAUGUGGGAUAUGGCAUCAGCGCAAGUAUUGGUGAAACAAUUGAGGGUGUUGCUUAAGGAGUGUAGAGCAAAUACAAAUAGUGACACCAACAACGCUCAUAUGCAUGAACAUGGAAAAUCACAAGUUGGGAAGCACUGCGCGUGGGCAUUGCAGUUGAACCUUAGGGAAAUGAUGCCACUGAUUCAGCAUACAGAAAUUGUUGCAGCACUAGAGACUUGUCUCAUGAUGCCUUGGAUUAGGCAAAAGUAUAUUCAAAGAUCAGAGACUCCUCCCAUCAUUGCAUGGUUGGAGGAAAUGUGUGCAGUGUUUGAGCGCAUUGAAAGACUGAUAACUCAGCUGUCUGCAUCAAAGAGGGUUGUGUUGCAACCAGUUUUUCUUAGUUUGUGUGAAGAUGCAACCAUUCUCACCAAUAAUAUGUUGGGAUGGAUAAGGACAGUAAAUUAGACUCAUUAUUAAUUAUUAUUGGUUAUUAUUAUUUCUCGUUGUCUAGUUGCAGAUAAUCAAACGGUAGAUUUAUUUGGCUUCUAUGCAUUUAGUAGGUAGGUAAGGAAGAAUUCAAGAGCCCUGGAAUGAUAGUUACAUUUUUGUUAAGAAAAUAUUUGGUGGAAUGGAAUGAUUUUAGGGUUGACGUUUGUUUGAGAUUCAAUGAAAAACUUGG